AUGACUAUCACCAACGAAGUCAACCCAACUGCUAAUCUUAACAUAACAAGUGAAAACCCAGAAAGCUCAAGAGAGAGGAUCAAUCUGAACGAUGAAGAAGAGAUCGCCUUGCUAAAGCUACAACUUGACGAACUAAGAGGAGAGCUCCGCCAAGUUCGGGACCUGACCCAUCUCACUGUGACUGCUUUCCCAAACCCACCUCACUUUUCGUCUUUGGAUUCGCCGGUUCCUGAACACUUUCCUCCAUCUACACGCCCACCUCCGAUACCCCUUUCUUUUUCUAACCUACCUCCAGUCACUCCAGCAAAUGUACCAAAUUUGCCUAAACAAACCCCUUACGUCCCUGACUACACCCAUACUCCACAAAACCCACUAUCAACCCAAACUGCUACUGCACCUACUUACCCCACCGUACAGCACAUACCAACGGCACACGUUGACACUUCUUACGAGCAACAUGUGCCACCGGUAUAUGCAGUCGGGGCUCCAACCUUUACCGCUCCUGUCACAGUCAGGGUCCCGAUCGAGGUGGAUCAAUAUGCAGAAAUGGAAAGAAAUGCCAAAAUAGGAGAAGACGAAUCAAUCAUGAACCAGCUGCACAAUCUAAGGAAAGAAAUGGGGAACAUGCGAGUCACCCGGGGAUGUGAGAGUUUGGAUUAUGAUGAUCUGUGCAUACACCCGGAUAUUGGCAUGCCAGUAGGUUACAAACCCCCUAAGUUUGAUAAUUUUGACGGGACAGGUGAUCCUCAUGCACAUUUAAGGGCCUACUGCGACAAGUUAGUUGGGGUGGGAAGGAACGAGAAAUUGAGGAUGAAAUUGUUUAUUAGAAGCUUGUCAGGAGAGGCGCUCACUUGGUAUACUCGCCAAGAUCCUCGCAAAUGGAGCGACUGGCAAGAUAUGGCUGGGGAUUUCAUGAAUCGCUUCGGAUUUAACACUGAGAUCACACCGGACAGAUUUUCUCUGAGCAACAUACAGAAGAAGGCGACCAAAUCAUUCCAGGAUUACGCAAGACGUUGGAGAAUUGAGGCUGCCCGAGUUAUGCCCCCAUUGGACGAAAGCGAGCUCAGCAAGUAUUUCAUUCGAGCUCAGGAAAGCAUCUACUUUGAAAAGAUGAUGGGAUCAAUGGGCCAAAAGUUCGCAGAUUUGGUCAAAAUGGGAGACUUUUUGGAGGAAGGAAUCAAGUCUGGAAAGAUUCAAUCAAUGGUCGCGCUACAAGCCGCAAGCAAAGUCGUACAGUCAGGUUCCAUUAGCGGAAUUAAGAAAAAGAAGGAGGACAUAUCCAAUAUCACGCCUUACUACCGGCGAGGAGAGUCAUCUCGCCCAUACCCCACAAACCCCCAAAUCUUUGCUCAUGCCCCUUAUGUCUCAUACCCAGCUUAUAACGCCCAACCACAUUACAACCCACCACGAGCCCCCACUUACCCAAAUCUUCCAAGACCUUACACCCCUAUCCAAGCACCCAUCCACCAAAAUAGACCACCAUAUGCCCCAAGACCUCGCCCAACUCCCGAAGUCAGAAAUACCCGAACCUACACCCCUAUAGCCGAACCUUUAGCCCGGUUAUUUGAAAGAUUGAUAACAGCAGGAUUGUUGCAACCAAUCGAAAGAAGAAUUCCGGACCCAAUUCCUCGAAACUUUGAUGGGAACAAACGUUGCGCAUAUCACUCGGGAAUUCAAGGACAUGACACCGAGGAAUGCUUUGGUUUGAAAAAUCAGGUCGAAGCUUUGAUCAGGAGUGGAGCAAUUCAAUGCACAAUAGCACCCCCGAAUGUGAACAACAACCCACUACCAAAUCAUGGAAACCAGGCAGUUAAUAUGAUAUCAUUUGAUGAGGAAUAUGACUUGGAGGGAACCAUUGUGCCCGUUGGAAACACAGAGUCAUUUGUCGUAACAUCGCCAACUGCUCCCAUCAUCACAGUACAAUUGAGGGCACCAGUAGUUGUCCAGACAUACCAACCAAAAUCCGUGGUGACCACUGUUGUAGCAAGUAAGCACGAUUAUGAUUCCAGGGCAGUCCCAUGGGACUAUCAAUCGAAAGGGAAGGCUAAGAUGAUGGAAACUGCAGUCGCCCAUGGAAUGACAAGGUCAGGGAGAUGUUAUGUCCCGGAGGAUUUAAACAAAGGAAGUUCAGGCAAAGAGCACCAUCAAAGGAGAAACAUUACUGAUACCGAGGCAGCAUAA